UGCGCAUUUUGGACAACCAACAGUUCUAUUUGUUGUUGGGAGACCCAAGUUUGUGUGCUGUGUUGGCGGGAUGGACGCGGCAGACGCAGACUUGCUGGCUGCUGAAGCGCUGCUCGAGGAGGAUGGCGCCGCCGGCUGCUCGCUGCUGUCCAACGCUGUGGAUGCCGCGUUGUGCGUUGAUGACGACGGACGCGACGUGAGCAAUCUGGACGCCGAGAUGGCCAUGUUUGCAGACGCCUGGGACGACGCAGACCAAGCAGCAGCAGAAGCAGAAGACGAUUCACUGCUGAAGAGCGACACCCACGGACGCACACAGGACCCCGACGACUCUGCGCUCGCUGCCGUAGAUCUAGCCACGCUGGCCCAGGCUGACUGGUCGGCCGAGUGCAGCGGCGCAGACGGCCAGCGCACGUCGCUCGGAACAUCAACGCCAGAUCGAAACGCGCGCGAAACAAGUCAAUCUCCCGCCCUGAAACAGCAACCAGCGCAGGUCGCGCAUCCCAUGAUGAUGGAGACCACCUCUGCCCAGACCCGCAGCGCUUUUACUGAUGGAAUUCCAGCUGCUGCUGUACCAGGAAUGCAAGCUGCCCACACUGCCCCGGAACAAGGAACGCGAUCGCCCAAACCGAACGCUUCGUUGAGUUCGUGCUCGAGCAAUCUGUCCGCGUCGUCCGUUGCGAACGCGGCAGAAUGCAAACCCAUCGACAGUGCGGUGGAUGAUUGGAUGCAAAUGAGCCAAAUUGACGAGGACAUUAUGUGCAGCAUGGAUUUAGAGGCCAUCACUGCGACGUUGCCCAAUCUGGGCCAUGCAGCCACAAUGACGACAACAACAACAACAACAACAACAACAACAACAACAACAACAACAACAACAACAACAAAUGCUAGCAAGAAUGGCACUGCAAUUCCAGCACCCACCGUCUCCACGACCAUGCAUCGCGCUGCUGAUAAACCUGAAACUACUGACUCGAUUUUGCAAGCCGCCGCUGCCAACAUGCCCCCAACAGUCCUUGCGACAACACCGGCACCCAAGCAUCCACGACUGGCUCGGGUACUGCGCUUCAACAUCACGUAUGCCCAGAAGGGAACUGUGGUGGUCACCACGUCGGACAAAAAUACCACCGUGCAGCGACCAGAGCUGACCGUGUUUGCCACGCGUGCCAACGACGGCGUGCAGUGCAUCCUUCGCCUCCGUGAUAACUGGAUUUACACCCCCGUGGCCCCCAACCACGUUUGCAACCUGGUGUCGACUGCGCCGUAUCCGACGGACGAUCCUGGCGACUUUGGAAAUGACGGCGUCUACCGGCCGCUGGGUGGCGCUCCGAUGGGCGACAUGCUUUCCUUGGAUGUGCACGAGUACGUUAUUGACGCAUCGCCCGCAAGUGCACUGCUUGUGCUCCAACCCGACUGCCUGGUGACUGGCACGCGCGUCGCCGAGAGCGUCUUUUGCAAACGGCGCGGUGUGUUGAACGAGCGUUUGCGCGGACCCACAGACUACAGUGCCCCAGCACUGUUGUACGGCUCAAUGUUGCACGAGCUGUUUGAGAUUGCUCUGGCGGCAGGGACGUUUACGGCCGAGUUCAUCACGCAGCAAGUUGCUCGGGUCUUGUCGCAGUUUAUUGAGGAGCUCUAUGGCGUCGGGGACGACGAGAAGGCGGCCACUGUCAAGCUAUGCGACUCAAUCCCGGCCAUACAAGAAUGGGCGCAAAGGUUUUACAAGUCCGAGCCUGGAGGUGCAGAAUCAGACGUGCCCUACAACGACGCCCCCGGAAACGCUCAAAUCAAUCACACGCAUCGCGUUGCGAUCAGUGCGGUGGUCGAUAUUGAAGAAAAUCUUGUGUCUCCUGCGUAUGGUCUCAAGGGCAAAGUGGACGCGACCCUGGAGGUCGUUGUACACCGCAAGCCAGUGCUGAAACGAGCAGCGUCAAGUUGGCGCCCUCCCGGCGCCGCUCCUCCUGCUCCUCCUGCUCCUCCCGCAUCCACCCAGCAGACGGAAUCAGCCCUUACAACCCGGCACAUUGUGCCGUUUGAACUGAAAACGGGCAAAGCCUCCGGGACGAGCGCCAUCUCCCACAGCACGCAAGUCACUCUUUAUACACUGCUCAUGUCGGAUCGAUACGAGAAAAAUAUUACCAGUGGACUGCUGUACUACCUCAAGUCUGGCACCAUGCAGGGUAUCACCCACACUGCAGCCGACCUGCGGGGCAUUAUGAUUGCGCGAAACGAGCUCGCAGUCCACCUUUCUGGCCCCAGGUUUUAUCCCGAGAUGCUGAAAAGCCCUCGACAGUGCAAGUCCUGCUUUCAAUUGGACAACUGCAUGAUCAUCCACAAGGCUCUUGAGCACGGCAAUGCCGAGUCUGCAGGGUUGGAUGAAGGCGUAUUCGAGGCGAAAACGCAGCAUCUGAACGUGCACGAGAUUGCUUACCUGCAGCAUUGGAUGGAGCUCAUCGCCUUGGAAACGGGCGACGACAUGGCUACUCGUCACGAACUAUGGACCAUGUCCAGCGAAGCGCGCGAAAGUCGCGGGCGCUGCCUGGGGUCGAUGGUCGUUGUGUCUGCACGUCCGGUCUCGAAGGAACCAAACGCACCAUGGCGUUACAAGUUUGCCCGUCAUCGAUCGCAUCCGGCCAUAGCUGCGAUUCUUUCUGACGAAGCUGACGAUCUUGCGGGAGUGGAACUCGACGACUUUUUCACCGAGGACCCUGACGACGGCGACGAGCAGCCGAGCACCCAAGGCUCGUGUAUUCAGCCAACCGCUUGCACUCCCGUGCGUGCCGCUGCGAGACGCCAGUUCCGGCAGUCCAUGUCUCCCUCAUUACUGGACACGUCGUUCAAUGUGAAUGACCCUGUCAUGAUCUCACUCAACGAUGGAAGCCAAGUCGGCCUGAGCACAGGUAGUGUCAGGGAAAUUACUCCAGAUUACCUUGUGGUAGUCGUCGCCAGGCAGCUACAAGCUCGACGAUCGUCGCUGGCUGCAGACAAGGCAAGGUCAGCAGCAGCAAGAGCAGCGACCACAGGGGAUGGUGCUGCUGCUGCUGCUCUUGCUGCUGCUGCUGCUUCGGAACUGGAUGGACUGCUUCCCGACGACCUGGAUAUGGCUUCUUCGUCGCAAAUGUCAUGGGAUAAUCCCGAGUCAGCUGCACCCGUCGGUGCCUCGGCUUCAGUGCCAACCCUUCAAGAUGAUGCGCGAGCAGAUGCCCGUUCCGUUCACUCGUCUCAUUUUUCGGCUUCUCAGCACAGCCGCGCGUCCGGCCUUCAUUCCUCUGCUGCAAGCUAUCUAUUUGCGGCAUCGAAUCCUGGCGGGACGCAGGUGUCAAAGUGCAUCCCUCGGCUCAUCAAACCAUCCAUGCUGUCGGAGCCCGCGCAGAACAUGAAUGCCGAGCUGUUCCGUCUGGACAAGGAGGAAAUGAGCGUUGGCACUGGACUCACGCGAGACAAUCUGGCGAGCCUGUUUGUUGCGUCCGCCAACGCUCGCCGUCGAGCCUUGAUUGUCGAGUUGGCUGCGCCGACCUUUGACGAGCCUUCCGUCGCGGUUGCAGCCGUACCCACCGAUGCCAAUGCUGCCGCUGCUUCAAACCUCAAUGUUGACCAGCUGCGCGCCAUUGACUUGGUCCAAAGGUGCCGCGAUUACGCAUUGAUUCUGGGCAUGCCGGGCAGCGGCAAGACAACAACGAUUGCCGAGCUUGUUCGCAGGCUGGUAGCGCAGGGUCUGUCAGUGCUGCUUUGUGCCUACACGCACACGGCGGUGGAUAAUAUUUUGCUGAAAAUGGACGACACAAUGAAAGGCGUCGAGUUUGUGCGCCUGGGCAACAGCGAUCGUGUCCACCCCAAGCUCGCUCAUCGCACUGCCCAGCAUGCACCAGGCGCCCAAACAGUUGCCGGCAUUGAGCAGCUGUACACGCAAACUCCAGUUGUGGCGGCCACCUGCCUCGGUAUCAACCACCCGCUGUUUACACGCCGACGAUUUGAUGUCUGCAUCAUUGACGAAGCCUCCCAAGUCACGCUGCCCGUGUGCCUCGGGCCCCUCCGCUACGCCGACCGGUUUGUUCUGGUGGGCGACCACUACCAGCUCACGCCGCUCGUCCGCAACCCCACCGCACGCCAAAAGGGCAUGGCCGAAUCGCUUUUCGAACGCCUUUCCAACGCGCAUCCCGCGGCAGUUGUCUAUCUGGAGCACCAGUACCGCAUGAACCGCGAUAUCAUGCUCCUGUCCAACACGCUCAUCUAUCAGCAUCGCCUCAAGUGUGGGUCUGCGGCCGUGGGCGCGGCCAGCCUGGAUUUGCCGCGCCUCCCCGAGCUCGCGCGGGCGCUUUGUCAAGAAGACCUUCAGCAAGGAGGGACGCAACAGAGCAAACAUGAUGUUGCUUCUCAGCGAGCUCCCGAUCCAGGCGACCUGCUUUUGGGCGACGCAGACGAGUCUCUGUUUGACGCGCUCCCGUCCGAGGUGGAACGCGCGCUCGAAUCUGAACAUCACCCUUCCAAUUCUGCCGACACUACUGGGCUGCCGCACCCUUCCUUUGCAGCUGGCAAGCGGCUUGUCGACAGUGGCACGCACUGGCUCCUGGAUGCGAUUGAUCCUGCUCGCAAAGUCGUGUUUCUGGACACUGACCUCGUCCCUGCGCUUGAAGUUCGAGUGGGAGAGGUUCUCAAGAAUGACACCGAGGCUUCGAUUGUCCAGCAGCUCAUGGCGGCGCUGCUCGAAGCUGGACUUGCGCCCAACGACGUGGGUGUGAUUUCUCCAUACCGCUCGCAGCUCAAGGCGAUUCGACACUUGAUCAACUCUGUGCAGCGCGGUGUUGAAAUGCACACUGUCGACAAGUACCAAGGACGGGACAAGGAGUGCAUCAUUGUGUCGCUGGUCCGUUCAAACGCGGAGAAGAAUUUUGACUAA